UAAACACAUUCUAUUUAUUGUCGUCGUUGCUGUUCGCACAUGCGCACAAACGUGUUCUGCAGCCGGUUUGCGACCGGUUUUACGUGUGGGACCCUUAAGCAGAACAGCGUGCAGGCAGGCAACACGACCCACAUACGCUGCAUAUGGAUGUUUGGCUCUGUCCGGACGCUGGUGUUAGCACGCGCGAGACUGACUGGCACAUCCAGUCGCGCUAUCUAUAGAAGGCCGCGCUGUCACCACUAUCACCAUCUGCUGCCAUCGUCAUCAACAAUGCCGAGCAGCUGCAGCAUCAAUGGACAAACAUCUAAGUCUGCAUCACCACAAGCUCAGCCUGAGGCGGGCCUACCUCAAUCGUCGUACCAUGGAUUGCAGACAGACAGCGAAGCGAUGUCGGGUGAUGCGUUGAGUAUGCAGCAGGAAAUUCUGGACGUAAACACUGCAUUAGUAACGGCUGCCGGAUUAGGUGACACUGACGCAGUCACCGCAUUGCUAACAUCUGGUGCCAGUUUCGAGCACGCGGAUAAGGAAGGCAAGACAGCUUUACUACAUGCUGCCAGCGGCGGUCACACAGACGCAGUCACCACAUUACUAACAGCCGGUGCAGGUGUAGACCACGCGGAUAAAAAACGCAUGACAGCUUUACUACACGCUACCUGCGACGGUCACACGGACACUGUCAACGCGCUGAUAGCCGCCGGUGCGAGUUUGGAAGCCAGCAGUGACGUUGGCUGGCCGCCGUUAGUCUACGCCGCCUACAGAGGUCACGCAGACGUCUUCACGGCGUUGCUGGACGCCGGUGCCGACAUCGAACAUGGCGGCAACGCCGGCCGCACGGCGCUGGUCAACGCCGCCGGCGGCGGUUACAUGGACAUACUCGCCGCUCUACUGACGGCCGGUGCGCGCGUCGACCACGGCACGGACUCUGCCGCCACGCCGCUGCAGUACGCCGCCUUCAACGGUAAGACGCGGGCCGUGGUGGCACUGCUGUCGGCAGGGGCAAACGUGCAUCAUCGCAACAGCGAAGGCACGACGGCACUGAUGGUUGCCGCCGGUGUCGGUCACGCGAACGUAGUGACGACGUUGCUAGAGGCUGGUGCGAGCAUCGAGCAGCGAGAUGAUAAAGGACAUGCGGCGCUCGUGCAUGCCGCUAGGAACGGUCACGACGACGCGCUCGCUGCCUUACUGAGCGUAGCAGCGCGACGAAGCGCCAACGGCGACGCACGACGAAGUGCCGAUGACGACGACGCAGGGCGAGCGUAUGACGCGCGACGAAGCGCCGACGACGACGACGUGAGGCGAGCGUAUGACGUCGCCGUACGUCAGGCACGUCAGAUAACGCUCAACGACGGCUUCCGGAAAGCCGCCGGCGACCUGCUGUCGUAUCGCUAUUUUAACGAGCUACCGGAUGACUGUUACUGUGGUGACGUGGAGAGUAUGGCGUCACGCGUAAACGAUGUGACGUCACCGGGACAGGUUAGCAGCGUGCGCACACUGACGGAUGUGUGGGAACUGGAAGCUAUCGGCAGGUUGAGGCAUCCUGAGGAAUGCGCACAGAUACGGUUAGCCGUGCUCGAGUUAAUAGAGCGAGUGUGCGAGGAGGUUUCUGCAACAGCUCCAGAUUUCGCCUGUAAGCCCGUCCUUGUUGGUAGUACGGCUAACGGUACCAAAGCUGGUUUGCCGGACGAGUACGACUUUAUGUUUGAAUUAGAAAAAUUUACUGGUAACGUGUUAAUUGAAGAAACAGAAAAACCUGGCGUUGUUCGAGUUAAGGAUUGUAACGAAUUCAAACAUCUCUCGGUCAAUCUCAAGGAACAAUUCGUGAAAAUAUUAUGCCAAGCUGUAGCCAAGGUAAUGAAAAGUGCACAUAUUCCACUGAAAUUCUCUAGGACAUCGCGUGUAGUGGAAUGGAAUAAGGUUUGUACGCAGUUCAAUUUCGUAUAUGUCGCAGGCAAAGCGUACAAUAACCUUCCACUAUCCGUAGAUAUCACGCCAUCUAUCCACGUGUCGGGCAAACCAGCGGGUGCGACUGACCGAUUCCCUGCUGACUACCAUUACCACGUAGUCCCGAAACACGUAGUGGGCUCCGACGAAUACUGGUUAAUAUGUAGUGCGAAGGCCGAGAGUUUGCUUAUUACUGAGUUUCCCCCAGUCUUUCGACAAGCUCUCAUUAUAGCGAAAGCACUAUUAGAUCCGCGAACACAGGACUAUGAAGAAAAGAUUCUAAACGUAGCAAACAACGAAAAGUUAAAGAAAAGUGUGUACGUAUAUGGGUUGCGGGCAAAUGGCAUAGACGUCAUUCGGCUAUUUAUUGCCACUCGGUCUAAACCUAAGAGUGUGAUCGGCUCCUACUUCCUGAAGUUAGCUCUGCUUCAUGUGCACUCUACAAUCUCACCCGAUGACUCGUCAUCACCUGAAAAAUUGCCUGAAAUAGUUCGUCAACUAUUCAUGUUCAUAGAAGCAUGUCAAACUAAAGGGGAAUUGAAACAUCCACUCAUUCCCUCUAUUGAUGUUUUCGCAGAAGAUAAAGGUAAGCUCAUCGAACGAGUGCCGGCGGGAUAUUUGAGAAUGAAAGCUGUGAAAGCGGUACUAGCCCGUCUAGAUGACGGUCCGCUGGUAAGUAACAGCGGACUGCUGCAGCUUAGUGCUGAGGAGGUGUGGCAGCAGAUGCAACAUUCGUUAUAUAUAGACAUCAACCAUUCGUGGUUUCUAAAUGGUUGGAAUCAGCUUUGUGAUGCAUACGAUAGAGCCAAUGUCACCUACCAUCAAGACGGCUAAAAGUGGUUAUAUAACGUUAGGUCAAUGUCAAUUACGAUUAUACAAUAAAUGUAUUAUGUCUUUUAUACGAUAA